UAAAUGAGGCAACUUACCAAGAACCAUCCUGUGUGUUAAAUCUGUACUGAAGGAGGCUGAGACAAUGAGAAAUCACAACAGCAUCUGGCAAGGUUGGUCUUUUUUCCUGUAUCUCUGCAUGUGUGGGGCAAUAUGUGAGUCCUUCCGCUAUUCAGUGCCAGAGGAAAAGAAAAGUGGGUCUCUGGUGGCAAAUGUGUUAAAAGACUUGAAGGUGGAUGUGAAGGAGCUGUCUGUUCGUAGAGCCCGGCUGGUUUCUAAAAGCACCAAGCAAUAUUUCCAGCUGGAUCCUCACUCUGGGAAUGUGCUAUUAAAUGAUAAAAUAGACCGAGAGGCUUUGUGUGGUCAGAAAGACCUGUGUGUCUUACUCUCAGAGAUUGUGCUGGAAAACCCAUUGCAAGUGCACAGAAUUGAGAUUGAAAUAGAGGACGUGAAUGAUAAUUUCCCGCAGUUCUCUCAAAAAGAAUUUCUUUUUGAAAUACCCGAGCAGACUCAAACAAAUGCUCGAUUCCCUUUGGAGAAAGCUCGAGAUGCAGAUAGAGGAGAAAAUGCUGUUCAGAACUAUACACUUAGUCCAAAUGACCAUUUUAGACUGGAUGUGCUAAGUCGCAGCGAUGGUACCAAAUAUGCAGAAUUAGUAUUACAAAAACAAUUAGACCGUGAAGAGCAGUCACAUUUUCCCCUGAUUCUGUCAGCUACUGAUGGAGGGAUCCCAAAGAGAACUGGAACAGCAAAAUUAAUCAUUGAUGUUCUGGACAUCAAUGACAAUGCUCCUCAUUUUCACCAAUCUCUGUACAAAGUGAAACUAAUGGAAAACAGCCCAUUGGACACAUUAGUCACCAAAGUUGAAGCAAACGACCAGGAUCUUGGUACAAAUGCAGAAAUUACUUAUUCCUUUAGCCAGGUGCCAGAAAAUGUGCUCAGAUCGUUCAAGUUAAGCAAGCAUACUGGGGAACUUACUGUUGCAGGAACCAUUGAUUAUGAAGAGGAGAGAAAUUAUGAGAUAAACAUCAAAGCUUCGGAUGGAGGGGGGCUCUCUGCUUACUGCAAAGUCAUUGUGGAGGUUGAGGACAGGAAUGACAACGCCCCAGAGGUGACCCUAACCUCCCUCACCAGCCCCUUACCAGAAGAUUCUCCCCCAGAUACUGUUGUAGCUCUCUUCAGUGUUACCGAUCAAGACUCUGGAGAUAAUGGAAGAACUGCCUGCACCACUGAGGCAAACUUGCCCUUCAUGCUAAAAGCUUCUGAGAAUAACUAUUACCAACUGGUGACCCAACAGCCUCUAGACCGAGAAAGCGUCUCAGAGUACAACAUCACCAUCACAGCCACAGACAAAGGCUCCCCCAGGCUUAGUUCAAGAAGAAUAAUUAAUGUUCAGAUCUCAGAUGUCAAUGACAACUCUCCAAUAUUUGAGAAGUCAACAUAUGAAAUGCAAAUACGAGAAAAUAAUAUUCCAGGUCAUUUAAUAGGAUUGGUACAUGCUGAUGACCCAGAUACAGAACAGAAUGCCAAAGUGACCUAUUCACUUUUGCCUGGGAAGGCCAGUGAUCAACCUGUGUCCUCUUACGUCUCCAUCAACUCUGAAACUGGGAAUCUGUAUGCCAUCCGAUCACUGGACUAUGAGCAGGUGAAAGAUUUCCAGGUGACUGUGAGGGCUGUGGACAGCGGUUCUCCUCCCCUGAGUUCCAAAGUUAUGAUCCGAGUUGUUGUCCUGGAUGAAAAUGAUAAUGCCCCGUUCAUCCUGUACCCUCUUCAGAAUGGCACCUCCCCAUCCAAUGACCUGGUUCCCAGGGGGGCCGAGGCUGGCUACCUGGUCACCAAGGUGGUGGCCGUGGACAGAGAUUCCGGUCAGAACUCUUGGCUCUCCUAUGAGCUCCUGAAGGCCACAGAACCGGGUCUGUUUGGUGUGGGGGUCCAGAAUGGAGAAGUGAAAACCAUGAGACCCAUUAAUAAACGAGACAGCUUCAAACAAAAACUUAUAAUCGGAGUCAGAGACAACGGGAGUCCUCCCCAGUCCACCUCUGCAACGCUGAGCAUUCUGCUAGUGGAUGGCUUUUCUGACCCCUAUAUGAAAAUGGUGGAUAUCCCUAAGGAUGAAGUGGUGGAGGAGGAAGACCGUACCUUGACUCUGUAUCUGGUCAUAUGCUUGGCUGUCAUCUCCUUCAUUUUUCUGGUUUCUGCAGUGGUGUUUGUCGCUAUCAAGAUACAGAAAAAGAGGAAGUUUGUGGAGAGCUCAGCCCUGAAUUUCCCAGUAGGACCUAAUUUCCCAGAGAACUGUGGAGAUGCUGAUGCUGGAUCCCUUUCCCGGGCAUACAACUAUGAGGUGUGCUUAGCUGGUGGAUCUCUGAACAGCGAGUUCAGGUUUCUCAGGCCACUCUUUCCUGUGUUUUCUGUGGAGCCUGCUCAGUCCCAGGGGGUUCAAAGGAUUUCAACUGGCUCCCAAGAAGUUCCUAGCCAUGCAGCAGAACGGCAACUCAUGAAUCAGGUAAGAAUAUAA